CAGCCUCCCGCAGACCGGCUGGGCUGGGCUGGGCUGGGCUGGAGAACAACAGUGCUGGAGACACCAGAGGAGGAGGAGGGCAGACGGCCGGCUCAAGGCCCCGGGCGCUGGAGCUGGCCGGAGCCGGACCCAGAGCUCCCACAGCUGCCCCUUCCUGGGCCGGGUCAUGCGCUGCCCCAAGUGCCUUCUCUGCCUGUCAGCACUGCUCACACUCCUGGGCCUCAAAGUGUACAUCGAGUGGACGUCCGAGCCCCGGCUGGGUAAGGCCUACCCGGGACCCCGCAGCACCCCACCAGGCCCCACGCCAGCCAGCCCCGAGCCCACCCUGCCGGCUAACCUCUCGGCCCGUCUGGGCCAGACUGACCCUCUGCCCUCGGCUUACUGGAACCAGCAGCAGUGGCGGCUGGGGACCCUGCCCGGUGGGGACAGCACUGAGGCGGGGGACUGCCGCGCUUGGGGAGCUGCCGCUGCGGCUGAGAUCCCUGACUUCGCCUCCUACCCCGAGGACCUCCGCCACUUCCUGCUGUCGGCAGCCUGCCGGAGCUUCCCACGGUGGCUGCCCAGGGGCGGCGGUGGCCAGGUGGCCAGCUGCGAGGAUCCCGACGUCCCCUACCUGCUGUUGGCUGUCAAGUCGGAACCAGGGCGCUUUGCGGAACGACAGGCCGUGAGGGAGACGUGGGGCCGGCCGGCUCCCGGGGUCCGGCUGCUCUUCCUGCUGGGGUCCCCAGCAGGCGAGGGGAGGCCUGACCUAGGCUCCCUGGUGGCCUGGGAGAGCCGCCACUACAGCGACCUGCUGCUCUGGGACUUCCUUGACGUCCCCUUCAACCAGACGCUCAAGGACCUGCUGCUGCUAGCCUGGCUGGGCCGCCACUGCCCCGGCGUGAGCUUCAUCCUGCAAGGCCAGGAUGACGCCUUCGUGCACACCCCCGCCCUUCUGGACCACCUGCAGGCCCUGCCGCCCAGCGCGGCCCGUGGCCUCUACCUGGGUGAGGUCUUCACCCAGGCCAAGCCCCUCCGGAAGCCUGGGGGACCCUUCUACGUGCCUGGGUCCUUCUUUGAAGGCGGCUACCCAGCCUACGCAAGUGGGGGCGGCUACGUCAUCGCGGGCCGCUUGGCACCCUGGCUGCUGCGGGCGGCGGCCCGCGUGGCCCCCUUCCCCUUCGACGAUGUCUACACCGGCCUGUGCUUCCAAGCCCUGGGCCUGGCCCCCAGGACCCACAAAGGCUUCCUCACGGCCUGGCCGGCAGACCGCACUGCUGACCCCUGUGCUCUCCGUGACCUGCUGCUGGUGCGGCCCCUCAGCCCCCAGGACAGCAUCCGGCUCUGGAAACAGCUGCGGGACCCUCAGCUCCAGUGCUGAGACUCGGAGGUGGGGAGGGUCGGGGAGGGCAGACCUGGCCUGGGCCUUGGCGCCAGCCCCUUGCUCAGCCUCUCUUUCUAGGCCUCGGUGCGAGGAAGGGGGUCCUGGAAUGGAGGCUGCCUGAGCCCUCCCUGGGCCUCCCCAAAAGGCGACAGACUGUUUCCGUCUUUGAGUUUUUGAAAAAUAUGCACUCCCCACUCUGAGGCCUGGAGUCGUCAUCUCUGUCUAUGGGGCCUUGAGGUAGUUUACAGAGCAAAGUUCAGCUGCACCCUGACCUUCACACCAGACACUCUCCCCACCCUUACUGGGCAAGGCCGGCUCUGAUGGCCUCCUGGUCACCUUGCUGGACACCAGCUUUGACCCGUUCUAUGGGAGACAAGGGGCCAUCUCCGGAGGACCCCACCCCCAUCCUGUUUGCUGAAGCUGACCUUCCAGCUUG